CUUCAAUCACAAAUGCACUUUCUCGCGGCGUUUCAACCUACUGAAUAGGGUGAAAAUUAUUAGGAUUCUCCAGCCGCUUCAACAUUCUUCCAAUAUUAGAGUUACCAAAGUUUGGACGGCAAUACAAGCUUUCCGAGGAAGAAGCACGAUGUCUUCAACUACUUCCGAUAUCGAAUUGGGCCAGUGCAACACCACGCCAUUAUCGAGGAUAGGUACAAGCCGCAGAAACUGGAGGUUCGGGUGGCCAAAUCUGGCCUGGCCAUCAUCAGACAUCUCACUUCCUUUGUCACUGUUUUGGAACAAGAGUGCUCCGGUAAUGCAAUUACCGCAAAUCGAGGACUAUCCUAAGGGAUAUCCCCAAUUUUCGUCUUUAAUAUCUUCACAUGAGUCCUUUUUCGUCGCACGAAGGUUUCUGAAUGUUCGUGCUCGAUUAUUAUUACUCAAACAAAAUCGUGUUGUCGCACUUGAAAGCAAGCUGCACAAGAUUGAUAGGGACGAAGAAAGGCCAUUGUUUCUCGGCAGUUCUCAGCGGGACCAGAAUCAAGACAGAGCUCAAGUUGUUGCUGAGCUCGACGAAGCACUAGAGGAUCUAGACAAGUUCCUAUUAAGAAGUCGACAGAUUUCUGAACUCGAACAAGCCGAUCCUCGAGCUGUAACGAAUCUGCAGAACUGGGUCAAUGGCACGGGUUCUAUAGCACGAGCAGAAAGCAGGUUUUUGAACUAUCCACCCGAGGAGCUCCUUAGCACCAGUCCACGGGAUGAAUCUGCCAUGAUAGGCCUUGAAAACAACGUGGCUGAGAAUCUGCUUCGUGUGCGAGAUUACUUUUUUCCGAGCUAUUCUCCGAAGGUCUCACGAGACAGCGCUCAUAUUUAUAUCCCUACAAGGUCAUCUACAGCUUUUAUUUCUCGUGCUUUGAUGACACCCAUCAUUGUCGUCGUGCUAUUAGCCCCUGUCAUUUUAUGCUCCUACCUAAAUAAUACUUCAUCGCGACUCUUUGCUGUUGGGGGUGCAACGGUAUUCUUCGUUGCCAUGAUUUCUGGUGGUACAAGAAUGAAGAGUCAAGAAUUGAUUAUAGCUGGAGCUACGUAAGCAAUACCUUGUGUCCUUCAUGUACGUCCUACUGACCUUUAUAGAUACGCUACAGUACUUACUGUUUUCCUCUCAGAAUCUUCGGUCUUGCCAGGGUGAAAGAGUCAUUACUACAGUUGGUAUGCCGUCUGAAGUGUGUUUUUGAGAGUGUCUUUUUGAGUUCAUAGACCUUACAGCUGAUGUUUGCAUCGCCUGCCUUACCUCGCUAUGGGACUAGAAGGCGGUGUCUGUUUUUGGAGGUGCAACACUGUACAAUUGUCUGGAACAAUUUCAACAAUUAACUGUUGAUCAGUAUGGUUUCUGCACGCAGGCCACUGCCCAGUGCGAAUGUUGCGAAGAUAGAAAAAGGUGCUCAUUUGCAGAGCCGCUAUGGAUGUUUCAUAUCGUACCUGUCAUGAGAUGAACAUCCUUUAUAGCAAUAGAUGACCUUCACAACGCACGAUAUCUUGCUCGCCACGCCGUUACGGCUACCAGCAAGGUUCAAGUCGCCACUGUACGACAGAUGAAGUUCUU